AUGGUUCUGAUGUUGCAACUCAAUUAUGCAGGGGCGGAGGCUGGCCAGGGACUGGAGCCCGUUGUGGAGGGCCCGCAGCUUCUGUCUCGAGCGCAAGGGCAAUUGCUGGACGUUGCUUCGCUUCUUCCUACCGAUGCCACUUGGGUGGCGAACGCAAGCGACGACCUGCCGGCCACGGUGGCCAAUCGUGUUGCUCGUGAAGAUCUGCUGGCUGCACUUGCCAUCAUCAAAGAGUUGGUGGACGGUACCAUUACGCCUGGCAAGAUAACCCUCACCGACAAACUCUUUUUCGUUUUAUUGAGAUACGGUGAGGUGUAUCGCAGCCACGAUGGUGAAUUGUAUUUCUAUGACCACUCCAUCACGCCGAAAGGCUGGUGGGAGAACAGGAAAGAUUCGAUUGUCGACAUGCGGCCGAGUUUGAACAUGGCAGAGGGCAUGUUGUAUUUGAUAUGCCAAGACGUGCCAGAGGAGCUCGUCUGGUGCUGGGACCACGUGGGCCAUGCGCUUCGACAAGCCAUGUCGACGGCCUUCCACCACGGUACCUCUUUGGUAGAAUUCCCAAGCGAAUGCCGACAGCAGGCGAAGCUAAGCUGGGAUCGGAAUUUGAAGGUGACCAAAGGGAAAAAGUACAUGGCCCAUAGCUUAGCGAAGCUCGCCGAGAUCUUGUCGAACCUUCCAGUCUAUUACGAACAGGAUUCAGCCAGAGGGGCGAAGUCGGACAUCUGGAAGGCGUUCACUGCCAAGCUGAACACAGAUAAGCCCCCGUCACAGGGAUUCGUUUUCGACGACGGCUACAGGGAUGCGAGCAUGGCCCAGGCUGAACCUGAUCCGCAGAAUAACUGCUACUUCCGCGUGCCCUUCAAGUAUGAGGAGGUCAACGUGGCGCUCGCUGAUUGCCCCGUGGUCCGAGGGCGCCAGUAUUCAUUAUCCGACGUGCGGGCGGUGGUUCAUGAUUACAUAGAUUCCUUUUUCUUUAAGAACGACGGGUACUUCGCCACCUCAUGCGCUGCGACGUACUGCGCCUUCUUCGGCAUCCACGUCCCCGUCAUGACGUCGUCGCUCUUCGGCAAGCAAAACUCGGCGACGCUCGACCCGUCCAUAUUCGUUGACGACAACGAGUGGCGGAAGAGCGCUCACUUCGGCCUACACAAGAAGCGAGUUUGCAUCAAGGAGUCCAAAACAGGGUCGUCUCACAUGCGGAUUAACGUGGACGUGCUCAAACGCUUCAUUGCAGGCGAGGAGCUGAUUGUGAGGGCCAACUUUGGAUUCUCCAGCGAAGUCCGCUUCAACAGAAUGAAGAAGCAGCAGAGCUGCAACUACGACGACGUGGCCCCCAUCAUGUCAGUUCCCCGAAGCGUUGCAGCGCUGGACCUGGAAGGGCACGGAGAGGAGGCAGCACCAAGGAAGUCCCCCACGGAGUCUGUGGAUCGUCGUUUUUUGACGUCGGCUGUGGGCCUUGCGACACUGGUCACUGAUGUCAAGGACGUGUCGACGCGUUGGUACAUCCGCCGCCUGACCAACCAGCAGUGCGAGCCCAGGCCCAAGUGCGUCAUGGACUCCUCAUCGGGGGCCGGCAACGGGCGAUUCGGCGGCAGCGACACCGACUGGGACACGCUUGCUGGCUGCCUGAAAAAGUUGUGGCAGGAAGAAGGCAAGAAGACGCCCGCAGAGGCGCGCAAGUUAUCGAAAGGCAGGGGUAGACAAGUGGGGGACUGGAAAGUUGCAAAAGAGUUAUGCAGUGGACUCGACGUUCCAAGAGCUUCCGCGUAUGCGAAAUUUGUGUCGCUGGCGAAAAGUUGCGGGCCGUUGGCCGAUUACUUGGUCCAGGAAGACACCGACGUGAACUUUUUCGGCAAGCAGCAGCGCUACGCGCUACUAUUCCCAGUCAUGGCUGGCGUGAUGCUGCAGCUUUCCAGAGAUUUCAAGAUUCCUGCGCCGGCGGCGCCCCCCAGCGAAAGAUGGCUCAUGGGGGCUCGCCCUGGGGACGCAGACCAUUUCUUGUCUGACGACGAACAGGAGCUUCGCCAGAUCGGCAGCUCCGUGGUCUGCUCGGUUGCAGACGUCGUGGACAUCGCCGCCUUGAUUGGCCACGUCGAGUCUGGAGCCGACAGGCGACAGGUCCAGGUUCAGGGCUAUGCUCGCUUAUUGGACAAUCGGGGAACAGCCUCCACGGAGGCCGCUGCAGACGGCGAGCAGCGGCCACUGAAGAGUCUCCUUCGAAAGUACGUGAAGCAAGGUUAUGGGCGACUUCAUACAGUGGGCCCUUCUCUGCAGAAGAUAACCAGGGAAGCUCGGUGCGCCGCUCUGGCUGGGAUUCCAGGAGGCGUUUUAGAACUUGACAUAAAGGUUGCGUUCUUCAGCUUGUUGGUUGUGGCCUUAAAGCGGCACGAGCAGAUCUGCGUCGAGGCAGAGUUCCCACUGCUGUGCGACAUCGCCAGCAACUGGGGCGGGUGGAAGAGUUUUGUCUCUGGGUACUUCGACGUCGGGGUGGACGUCGCCAAGAAGCUUCUCAUCUCGGCGACCAGUCCCUACGGGCGGCAAUCGCCAGAUCCAGCGCAGCGGCCUGACUGGCUUCCGCAUUUGGAUUGCGUGCAAACAGAAUUAUCGAAUGCCUGUCGAUUUCUUCUCGAGCACGACGCUCUUUAUCAGGAAGUUGCGAAAGCAAGGCCUGAAUGCAGCUCGCUCCACAUCUUUCUGGGCGAGCUGGAGUGCCGGGUGAUGAUGAGCAUGAAGCAUAUUUUAGAGGAAGCAGGGGCCGUGCCAAUUUCUCUGGUCUACGACGGCAUCUACUUCAGGCCAAUGGGGCUUGACGUGCACGACGAGGGCUUCAUCGGACUUGUGACUGCAGUCGAAGCCGAGCACGGCGUAUCCUUGCAUCUGAAAGACCUAAGCGGCGCGGAGAUACCCUGGAGGAGUUCCGCUCCCGAGCCUGGAGAAGGGGCCCGAGGUCAGGGUGGCGCCCCUCCUUCGCCGCCGUACCACAACGAUUUCUCUUCUCUCCUGGCGGCAGCUUGCGAGAAGUCGCAGCAGAAGCUCCAGGCUGUCCCCGGAGAAAAUAUGUGCGCUGUGAGCGCGCUCGCCAAUAUGGAUUUGGUUGCGGGGGAGCCGAGCCAGUCAAAGUUCGCCUGUGGACCAUAUUCUUACCGACAGUUGCAACAUAUUUAUCCUUCUCUGGCGUUCCAAGAGGCGCAGCUGAGCGACGUGAUCUGCGCCGACGCCGCCCACUUCUUCCUGUUGCACAUUGGGGCGCCAGGAACUCGCGGCCACGCUGUUGGUCUUCGCGCCCACGGGGACUCGCGGCAGAUGCUGGUGUUCGACUCGCACCAGGACUUCGUGAUGCAGAUUGGCGAUGAGGCCUUGUACGACCUGAUUACCCAAUGGGACGAGGGCCGACGCCAUGCUCGCCUGCUGCAAGUUACCGAAGACGGGCCUGUCGAUGGCAACGCCGAGUCAGAUUUGUUGGAAUUGAUUGCUGGCUCCUCUCGGCCGUGCGUGAAGAAGCCUGCGGGUCAAGGUUGCUUGAGGCGGCCCGCCGAAGCUCCGAGUUUCCCGACGCCCAGGAAAGGGCGGGCAAGGGCCGCCGCCCGCAGCCUGGUCGGGCGAACGGCAAAGGCGUCAGCGAAGUCUAAGGCAUACAGGAACACGAAGUACGUGCGCCACGGCAAGCCGACGACGAAGAGCAGGGGCGACCGCGACAAGUGGAGCAUCGACCUUGAAUCCAUCUUGGAGAUGCCUGACGAUAAGCUCUACCGCCGGUGCAUCCGCGAUAACAUCCUGGACAACAAGGAGGGCAAGAUGUGCAACCGCAAGGGCUGUCAGAAGUUCACUGUUCCACAUGCUCAUCACCCCGUCUUCUCUACUGGGUGGGGGGCCACGCAUUCGCCUUUCAAGAAGCAGGUGGCCAUCUUGUUCAGCAUUCUAGCAGGAGGAAGCAAUCCCACGAUUCGCAGAUUGAUCUCUUCCGCAAACCACAAGGCGAUCGAAAGGAUCUCGAUUGCCGUGAAGAAGCAGCGCGAGAAGUUUGUCAAGAAGCGAGAGAAGACGAUCGUUUUCGGGGUUGGCAACGACCGCGACUGGAGGGACGCUGAAGCAGAUGAAGCAGUCUUUGGAAGGGCAGCCAAGGCGGACGACCCCGAGAGCGUGGAAUGGGAGCAAUGGGCGGGCAUCGUGGAGCGAGGCCGGCCCGAGUCGCUGGUGCUGGCGAAGACUACCGCGGCUCCCACGGUGAAGAGGGCUCCUGGGCCAGGCGCAAUCAGGAAGGUUGAUUGGGCGCCUCUGGCAAACCGCUACUUGAAAGGUAGGCGCAUUAUUUUGCAUACGGACCGCGCUAAGAGCUACGCCAUGCGAGUUGAGGGAGUGUUGCACGAUUCAGUGCGGCACUGCAAAAAGAGAGUGAAAAAGAAUGGCAAGUGGGUGUGGAUGAAGCCGUGCUACGCGCGCUUGGCAACUCAUAAGCUUCCAUGUGGUAGGAAGUUGCGCACCAAGGCCGGCUCCCAGGUUAUCGACAGCGCUUGGAAAUACAUCCGCUCAACCUUGGGAGGCCAGACAAUGGUGCCCAAUUCUGAGACGGCCGCCACUGCAAUUCGCAGCGCCCAGUGGCUUUACUGGCACAGGGGCAAAGACCUUUGGGCCGAGAUGGGAUCCACGUUCUGUGCCAACUUUUGGCGGAGGUAA